AUGGGGAAUGUGCUGAAACGAAAUCAUAUCAAAGCAUCUGCUUUAAGUCAUUCAUUAUCAUAUGGACUGUAUAAGAAGAAAAGCAAAUCAUUUUCUAAGUCCAAUGAUAGAGAAGGAAAAGUCGAACAUUUGGAGGAUAGCAAAGAAAUGGAUGAAACGAAUUCAUGGACAACAACAAUUGGUACUCGUUCAUCGUUUAGUCUAAGCUAUCCAACUGGUGAUAAUGAACACAGUGAAGAAAGUACCACAAGCCAGGAUGAUUGUAUUCUUUCUAGCAGUAAUUAUAGUGGAAGAUCAUCAACAACAACAACAAACAACAAUAGUACAUCAAAUACAUCAGCAGAUUUUUCAUCAUUUAAAAAUUUAAGCCAAAUAUCCGAACAUACAACAAUGCGUCCACGAUCUGAUGAUAUUGAAUGGUUAAAUGAUGUCCGACAAUAUCAUGAUCAUGAACCUGUCUUCCGUAAAAAACCCUUCGUAUGCAACCAAAUUUCACAGACAAGAAUUCCCAUCAAUAUUAGUUUUUAA